CACAGACGCCGGCCUCUGCAUCUCCGCUGCAGGUGGGGGGGCACUCACUAGUUGGUGGCUUCAUCUGUUUUCCCAGGAUCAGCAGAUAUCCAGAAAUACCCCGCUCUGCAGACCGCGCCCACCUCAGCACUCGCUGGCCAAUGGAACGGGGAAGGAGGGUGUGUGCGUGCACACUAUAAGAAAGAUGAGGCCCAGGUGGUGGAGCAUCGUACAGGUGAGCAGUCUGAUUCUGAUGUCGCCGCUCUUCACUGCCUGAGGAUACUGCUUCACAGCACCAGACACAGGACUUAGCUAAGACUGCCUUUAAGCAUGUUGACGGAGUUAGAGACGAUGGCUUACGUGACCGAGGUGAAGCUGGGAGGAUGCCGCGGUUCCUGCUGCGGGGUGGUGCCUUCGUCCUGCGCUGAGGUAGACCUGGAGGUCAUCGAGGAAUACCUGCAGGAGCAUUCGCUGGAAGUCCAGCCCGCACACACGCCGGCCACAUCUAUGAUCGCCAGCAUGGGUCACCAAACGCACGCUCACUCCCACCAGGAUGCCAGGAUCAUAGAGAACAGCUGGUCAGGUCAGUAUGCAUAUGAGUGGCGCUUUGGCUUUCACUCUCCAAAGGAAGACUACAAAGAGCCAACCCCGCAACCGGCCGGCCUGAGUCCACAAGACAACCAUUGGGAACACACCACCUACUCCUACCAGGCUCCUAUUUAUGUAGAUUCAGAUUCACAGUCAAGCAGUUCCCAGUAUCAGGAUUACCAAGAUUCCCCAUCACCUCCCUCCGACAGUGGGGAGAGGAAGGACGGACACUUGCCUCUGGCUCCACUGUCAGGAAAGAGGAAGGAGCGGCUGUUCCAGUUCCUGUUUGAGAUGCUCCAGACGCCGUCGAUGAGGAGCUGCAUCUGGUGGGUCCAGUCCUCCUCUGGAACCUUUCAGUUCUCCUCUCAGAACAAGGAGAGCCUAGCGCAGUUGUGGGGUCGCCGGAAAGGGAACCGCAAGACUAUGACCUACCAGAAGAUGGCCCGGGCGCUGCGAAACUACUCGCGGACCGGCGAGAUUCACAAGGUGAAGAGGAAGCUCACGUACCGCUUCGACGAGAAGACACUGAGGGGCUUACAAGGAGACUCCGUUUUAGAGCAGUGAGCGGGACAAAAGACCGGACUUCAGAAAGUCACCUGACAUAUGUUGUGCAGAUCCUAACUUUAAGGUAUUUUUUUAAAAUGACAAAUGAAUACUAAGUAUUUCAAAGGCCAGAGCACAAACUACUGUCGGGUGGAGCUUUUUGUAGAUACAGCAGUGGAGUUUGGAAGAGGGCUGAACAAGAGAUGAUGAAAGUGAUACGUGCAAAUUUCAGGCUGUGUAUGAGAGGUCAGCUAGCAACCACCAAGUAAAUCUAAUAGAUUGUGAGAUAUUGUCUACUUUAUAAGUAGAAUUUAAAUCUGCCUUUUAAUAAAAGUAGUUUUCUCUCCUUUUUUUUGUGAUUCUGUGUUGCGGAUAUUCAACUGCACAUGAAAGAUUUGUUUGUGUAAAAAUGAUCUGCUUGUGUCAAUGUAUCUUGUUUAAGAUAAAAUAAAUUUCAA